UUACGUUUGUUGACUGUUAUUUUAGCUUUUGCUUUUUUGACAGUAUAAUUAAUAUAAUUCACGUUCUCUGAGUACCUUCAGAUAAGGCAUACUAAACGUUCUCUGGUAACAUGGAAGUAUUGUUGAGUAAUUUAGCGGCAGUAUCGAAGUAUUCCUUUAAAUAUAACAAAAUCAAUACAAUAUGGGUAACAAAUGUACGCAAUUACUGCUUGGCGGCAGUUCAUGGUAAUUCGGACGUUGCGAAAUCCUCUGCCAUUCCGACAACUUCAACAGCGCGUGAAAGCAAUGCACAGAAAGUACAACAUAAACAACGUACCCAGAAUUCCUUGCAUGUAGCGGUAAUCGGUGUUCCAAAUGUAGGCAAGAGUACCUUCAUUAAUAAUUUGAUAAGCCACCGGGUUUGUCCUACUUCCUCGAAGGUGCACACAACACGAAAGGCAAGUAAGGCCAUUUACACAACCGGCCAAACACAAUUGGUAUUCUACGAUACACCGGGUUUAGUGACACCGCAUGAGGUCAAGCGUCAUCAUCUCGAGCAAAGUUUCAAAUCUGCCUACAGACACGCAAUUCAACACGCAGAUAUUAUCGCUUGUAUGCACGAUGUCUCGAAUUCGUGGACGCGUAACGCUUUACAUCCCACUGUGUUGGAAACAUUGAAAGAGUAUAAGCAUUUGCCAAGUUUUUUAAUUUUGAACAAGAUCGAUGCACUGAAAUCAAAACGAGUAUUACUUGAAUUGAUACGUGUCUUAACGAACGAUACUCUUGGAAGCACACAAUCUUAUUGGAAUCGUAAACUAAAAGUACAGUCCAAGAAAACUCAAGACAAAAAUACGAGUCGGCCAGCAGUUAAAGAAGAAAAGAAAGAAAAUGAUGUGAGUUGGACUAAUUUUCAGGAGGUAUUUCUCGUUUCCUCCAUCACCGGUAGCGGACUUAAUACAAUACAAGAUUAUCUAAUAAAACUUGCUAUAGACCGUGAAUGGGAGUACUCGAAAGGAACGUUUACUGAUAUGGAACCAGAGAUGUUGAUAGUAGAAAGUGUGCGCGCUAGAUUAUUGGAUUAUUUGCCACAAGAAAUACCUUAUAAUUUGCAGAGUGCAAUCGAAUAUUACUCCGAAGAAAAUGGUACCAUAUACGCAUCAGUAGAAGUAACUUGCCCCUCACCUCGUAUUGAACGUUUGAUCUGUGGUGAAUCCAACGGUAAAUUGAAGCAAAUUACCGAACGGGUAACAUCCGAUUUAGUUGAAACUUUUGGGAAGCCAAUCUCUUUAACCAUUACAACAAAAAUCAAGAAAAUCUCUUAAACAGCUGUUUACGCAAUAUUGUUUCCAAUUUACUUAAAAUAAGUCAAAUAU